AUGCCGAACAAAGCGAAGAAACUUCAUCCUCGCCGGCGUCGUCAGCGUGGCUGUCCCGGUUCACAGCAAACGUUUCGAAGUCAAGCCGGCGGAAUAACGAUGAGGAGCUUCAUCGGAAUGCUUUUGGGAUUACUUACAAUAUCAGAAUCGCUGGCCCUCCGGUUGACGACGGUUCGCAUCCCGAGCUACAAAUUUCGCGGCGAAUCAGCCCUGCUCGAGUGUCAGUACGAACUGAGCGGACAACGGCCGGCCAUUGACACCGCCAGCUACGGCCAGCAUCGCCAGCAGAGACAACCGGCAUCGACACGCAGUCGAACGCGGAACGACUCCUUCGGGGGUGGCCGCUAUCACAGUCUUAUUGCCAGCUUCGGCGACUACGACAGCGACUCGGACUUCGGCUUCGCCGACGAACGGGACGACGAUCAGGAGCGGUUGUACUCCAUCAAGUGGUACAAGGACAACGAAGAGUUCUACCGGUACGUGCCCUCAGCGAAGCAGCCAAUCAAGAGCUACAAAAUCGACGGCAUCCGUGUGGAUCCAAACUAUUCCGACGGUUCCAAGGUUCUGCUUAAGGCCCUGUCGCUCAAAUCGUCCGGUGUGUAUCGGUGUGAAAUUUCCGCCGAAGCUCCCAACUUCGAUUCGGUUCAAGGCGAAGGCCGGAUGGAUGUGAUUUAUGUUCCCAAGGAUGGGCCACACAUCAACGGUAGCGAGCGGAGGUCCUACCACAUCGGUGAAACGAUGGAACUUAACUGCACCUCAGGGCGAUCCUAUCCAGGUUCGACACUGCAGUGGUACCUUAACGACCAGCUGGUGACGGACGCCGGCAGCAUCGUGCACUAUCCGCGGCUGGUCAAUCAGCACGGUCUGGUCACGAGCUUCCUGGGGCUCGCCAUGGUCGUCCAGCCGAGGCACUACAUCGACGGGCUGAUGCGAAUCAAAUGUGUGGCCAGCCUGUCGCCGGUGCUGUGGCGAAACGGCAAAGAAAGCAUCGUCCAGUGGGAGCAACCGACGAUCGAUAACCGGGUGGCAAUGCUGCUGGUGAAAAGCAGCAGCUGCCGGUGGCUACCCAGCACGGGUCUCCUAAUGCUUUGUUCCACUCUGCUGCUGUACUGUAUCAUCUGCAUGGAAUGCCGAAGCAGCUGGAGUGGAUGA